CUUUUUCCCUGCUGCACACACUUUCACGCAACACACCAAUCCUCCGCCUGCAACAACAGCUCGGCGCCCAUGGCUUCAAGGCCCGACACUCCUCUCACGCACCUUCCAGCCUAAUCAACUACCUCUCACCCAAUCGACAACCAGCGCAGCUCAAGGGAUUAAACUCUGGGAAACUUGCGACUCCUCUUCACUUUGGACCAAACUUUUUUUCUCUCUUCUGCAGCUUCUGAAAGCUCCUUGCGACCGCCAACCACUCACACCCUAUAGGAGAGACCCUCCCGUGCUUGCGUCCCCUUCUUUCCUUCUUUCCCCUUCUUCCCUUUUUCCCCCUCUGGCACCUUGCACAGCUGCACCUGCUGCUUUCCACCCCGCCUUCCUCCCGCUUUCCUUCCGCGGUUUGGCUUCCAGCCCAAUCACAAUCACAACUAUUUGUGCUUCGCCUAUUUUCUGCCUUGCACGCUCUCGCAUGGGCAUCACUCCAACAUCUCGACUGAAAUCUGCAGAGAACAAGGCGUCUGGUUGCCUCGUUCACCAACCUUCCAACUUGACUUAAAGCCCAUUUCCAACCUCGCAUCGCAGGCCCUUCCUAAUCCCACUCUUCAACACCGACUCACUCACUCUCUCUCCAAGCUCCUCUGCCUGUUUUGCGCCAGCCUCGCCACCAGCUAUCAACCAGCCAAGCAAACUCCAAACAAGCCAUCUUAAGGCUCUAAGCCACCUAAGCUCCAAGCUCCAAGCUGUCGUCGCACCGCCACUCACCAUCCACCAUCCAUCGUCACCCAUCGCCUCACUGCUGCCGCCAUCAAACGUGCGCCCCCUUCCAACAACUUGAUGCCCGAGCCAGAAGCUACUCCAGAGUUCGAGGCUACCGCCGCCGACCUCUCGCCCUACUGCCCAUCUCCUCUUCACUCUGCCGCUUCGGCCGUAGUGCCUGCUCUCCAGGAUACUGCUGAUAUCCUUGAUGCAAUGUCUUCAUCCACUCAAACUAACGGAGUUGCCCACAUUGGCAUAGACGCAGCGGCGUCUGGCCCUGUCAGUGCUGACUCGUAUGCCAUGGCCGACUUUGGCGAUGCAGAUGGCGACAACGAAGACCUCGACAGCCUGGACGAUGCGUACGGAGAGGAAGAAGAGACACACACAGAGAAGACGCAGGAGCAGCAGGCGGAACCAGACGCCGGCGAGGAUGACUAUCUCAAAAUCUUCGACUCUCCUCCUCAGGAUGCGGAUGAGGAUGGCGCUGAUCAGCAUGAUGUAUCAAAGGCACCAGAAUUCAUGCACAAUUCCGCCGCUUCUGAUUCUUUGACGAGCCCUCUUCGAGUAGCCCCUCGACCUGUCGCUGAUUCCUCGUCGGCCCAACCUGCUGCUACUGCUGCCACCGCUUCCGCGCUUCCCACGACAGCUGCCGCCCACCAAGGAGCUGGUUCGAGCGCGCCUCGUUCGACUGCCAACGGUCGCAAUGACAAUGCCCUCGAGGAUGACCACGCCGCUGAUAUCUCUCGCCUUGUCGCUGAGAUGACAGGCCAGACCGAGUCUCACACAGACCAAAGCCCUGCCGGCCAUGAUGCCCAGUCAUCCUCCAACUUGACCUCCUCAUCCUCCUCCUCCGCCGCCGCCGCCGCCUCUGCUACUCUUCCUCCCAGACCCCCACUGCCCCAGCAGACGGCUCCCAUCUACCCUUCUGAAGAAUACCGAGGCUUCCACCCGCAGAAUGGCGCUUCUCAGGUCGCUCCCAACAUGAUCGCUCCCCCCACGCCGGGCCAGCCCUCCACCUACGUGUCUGCCGGUGCCCCUGGCACCACCCCGGACGCCUUUGGCAACCUUCCCCCCCCUCCUGCAUCCGGUCUGAAUGCGGCCGUCCCGAUCACCUCCAUGAAUGCGCCUCCGUAUCCCAAUCCUGCCACUCACGCAGCUGGCCAGCCGGAUGAGUCUACUGACCGCCAGAAGCACUGGGAUACUUUUGUCAACGAUGAACGACGGUACAUGGCGGACGCGAAGUGGGAUAGGUUCCCCGAUGGCUCACGCAUCUUCAUUGGUUCGCGCUCUCUCUCAUCAGGCAGACCUGACGGCGCCAUUGACUUUUUCUCAGGCAACCUGUCGAGCGAACGCGUCUCGAAACGGGAUGUUUUUGACAUCUUUCACAAGUACGGCCGCCUCGCCCAGAUCUCCCUCAAGUCGGCCUAUGGCUUCGUCCAGUACCACAGCCUGGAAGACGCCCAGGCUGCCAUGGACAACCUCCAGGGCAUCGAGAUCAAGGGUCGCAAGAUUCAUCUCGAGAUCUCGCGCGCUCAGAAGAAGAAGGACGGCAACGAGCGCGCCCGUUCGCCGGAUCGCGGGGGCCGGGGAGGUGGCCGGCAGUCGGGACGUCAAGAUCGUCAGGACGCAGGUAACUCGCACCAAGAUUCCCGUCGCAAUCGCGAUGACUACAGACCGAGUCGCAACUCGCCUUCCAGACGCAACGGCGGUCACGCCCGCGAGGACAGCCACGGUCGGGAGCGGCAUCACUACGAUGCCCAGGACCGCUCCCGUGGCCGGUCUCGUUCGCCUCAAGGUUACGGCCGCCAAAAAGACGCUUACCGCAGACGCACUCCCACCCCACCCGCUUACAACCGAGCCUCCGCGGCCGAUGACCGCCUCGACAUCCCCCGCCGCUACGGCAACCAGGUUCCUGAUGUUCAGUUCCUGCUCCUCCAAGAGCUUAGUCGCGACUUCAUUUCCUGGGUUGAGCGUGGCUUCACCGAUCGAGGAUUGAAGGUGGAUGUUAUGUUCCUUCACCCAAGCUUCCCGCGUGAGGCAAUCAUUCAAAGACAGGUGAUCGAGGGCGUCCAUGCCAUCGUGGAUCUCGACAUGCACGCGCAGAACAUCGGCAAAAUCCCGGUUCGAGUUUUUGACCGCUCGGGCGGCCUGAGUGCCCGGUAUGACGACUACCGCGACAUUGACCCCCCUAUCGCGGCAGAACUCGUCCUGCGUGCCAAGUCGCAAGCGAUGCCGGCAGCUGCGCCGUACCAGAGUGCGCCCCCUCCUCAGCCACAGUACCAAGUAUACGGACAGCAGCCGUAUGGUCAGCCUGUGCCUCCCCACGCACCCACCUACCCCGGACACCAGGGUCCUCCCCGCGGCCCGCCUCCUGCUCAGCAGCAGGCCGUCAACGCGGCGGAUCUUGCCAGUAUGAUGAGUGGCAUCGAUAAUGCAACCCUCCAGCGUCUAUUGGCCAGCAUGACCCCUCAAGGCGCCGGCCCAGCUGCUGCCAACAACGCCGCCGGAGCCGCGAACGCUCAGAUUCAGGCCCUCAUGGGAGGCAUGCAGGCGGCGCCGCCUUCAGCACCGACUCAACCUGUCUCGUACGGCGGACAGGUUUAUGCUCCCAACGGCCCGUCGUCUACCAAUGGCCACCACCAGGCCCAAGCCGGCACUGGCGAUUCAGCCGCGCAGGUCGAGAACAUUAUGGCGCAGCUCGCUCGAUAUCGGCAGUGAGGUUCGCCGCAUGGAAUGCGAUUUAGGGUGGCUUGAUGAAGACACGAUGACGCUGGAAGGGCCUUGUGUAUUUAUUAUCCGGCGUUAGGAGGGUUGUGCAUUAUCGCAUCGGUUACGCGGGGACGAAGGUGGGGAAAAGGUGGUUUUAUAGACUUUUUUGCGAGUGUACAAGCCAAACCAAGGCGGGAGUAUGUUUUCCAUGCACCCACUACGGGCCGAGUACAUAUGUACAGACAAAUGUUCGAUAACCGAUUCUCAAUUCCUUUGCUCAAAACACACAAUUCAUUGACGGAUGACAGGCCCGGUGGCGGGGGGGGGGGGGGGGGAUUCUACAGCUUCUGGGCAGGCUU